UCCACUUCCCAAUAUCCCCCACCUUUCGUUAAACCCAAAGCCGCCUGAGACCAAUACCGUUAAAUCUGAUUUUUUCUGUAAUCGCGCUUUCAACCUUUCUCUCUCCUCCGCUAAUCCUCUUUCUGGUCUCUUCUCAAUCUUCCAUUUUUCGCGGUUCCCUGUUCCAUUACUUUGGAUAAGAACUCGCCCAGUUUCAGUUUCAGUUUCACAAGCAAUUUGAGAGCCGACCGACUUUCUUUCUCACAGAUAAAUCUCGAUUUCCAUCUCCUGAGCCAUUCUAGGAGGGAAAUUCUUGGAAGAAUGGAUGCUUCUACGUCUCUGCAAUCUGAUAAGACACAAAAAUUUAAAUCUCUUGGUCCUUUUAGGCUGAUGAGAGGGGUGGUUUGUUUAGCGGUGUUUUUGUCCACUGCCUUCAUGUUCUUAGUGUAUUUUGCUCCUAUAGUCACUCUCUCUUUAAGACUUAUCAGCCUGCAUUACUGUAGGAAGGCAACUUCCAUUGUUUUUGGUUUCUGGUUGGCUCUGUGGCCCUUUCUGUUUGAGGUGAUAAAUGGGACUAAAGUUUUCUUCUAUGGGGAUAAUGUUCCUGUAAAUGAACGUGUUUUGUUAAUUGCUAACCACAGAACUGAAGUUGAUUGGAUGUAUUUGUGGGAUUUUGCAUUGCGAAAGGGGUCCUUAGGCUGCAUCAAAUACAUCCUUAAAAGCAGCUUAAUGAAGCUGCCUCUCUUUGGUUGGGGAUUCCACAGUUUGGAGUUCAUUCCUGUUGAGAGGAAAUGGGAAGUCGAUGGACCGGUUAUAUGCCGACGACUUUCGACAUUUAAAAAUCCUCGAGAUCCCUUGUGGCUUGCUGUUUUUCCUGAGGGAACCGAUUUUACGGAGGCAAAAUGCAAGAAGAGUCAAGCAUAUGCUGCUGAAGUAGGACUUCCAGUGCUGAAAAACGUUCUACUUCCAAAAGCAAGAGGUUUUUGUGCUUGCUUACGAACCCUACGAGGUUCCCUCGAUGCAGUUUAUGAUGUGACUAUUGCCUACAAGCCUCAGUGCCCUACCUUUACGGAUAAUGUCUUUGGCCUCGGUCCUUCAGAAGUUCACAUUCAUGUUCAACGGAUCCCCGCUGGCGAGGUCCCUGCAUCAGAUGAAGGUGCUUCUGCUUGGUUAAUGGAUAAAUUCAAGCUCAAGGAUCACUUGCUCUCAUAUUUCACGGCCAAUGGCUGUUUCCCUGAGCCAAGAAUUGAAGAAAAACUUUCUGCCUUCAAGUGCUCAAUGAACUUCAUACUGGUCAUUUCCCUGACUGCCAUAUUUUCUUACCUUACUUUCUAUUCAUUUUGGUCCAAAGUUUAUGUAGCUUUAUCUUGUAUAUAUCUUGCUUCCGUUACAUAUCUCAGAGUACAACCAGAACAAGGUUUAAGCUUUUUGGUGUCAACGCUCAUUAGCAAGAAACAAAGCACUGAAUAACAUUCAUUUUACCGGAUGAGACAUGAUUCUUUUGGUGCA